AUGUCGGCAGACGAAAGGGAUGACUUGGACGACCUGGCCGACUUGGACGAUGUGCCACUCCAACACAAGAAACCCUUCGGCUCGGGAUUAAGGCGCAAUGAGAUCAAAUUCGUUCCCGCCUCGAACGAAGACCCAGAGGUGGCGAAGCAGCAAAAAACAAAGUCAAACGGCCAGUCGAUCAGUGACUUCUACCUAAAUAUGGUCCUGAAAAAGCCGGCGUCUACAGCAGCCACCACGGACAAGGAGACAGCCAAAGCCCCCGUGUGCGAAAUAUGCAGUAUGCCGGUUUCUGGCGCGGCAGACGACAAUACAGGUAGCGGGACUACCACCGCCAGCAGCAGCAGCAACAACCGGAGACUAGCCGGGCCCCAUGAGGCCUCGAUAGCCCACCAGGUGUGUCUGGCUCACUCGCACCCGCCGUCGGCGCUCGACCGCUCGCGCAUGGGCCUGACGGGCCAGGGCACCCAGUACCCCGUAAAGGUGAAGCCCAAGGAAGACCGGCUCGGCGUGGGCGUCGUGGUGCCUAAGGGUGGUGGUGGUCCCGCGAAGAAGCAGCGGGAGGGGCCCAAGUUGUUGGAUGCCAAGAAGGUCCGGAAGAUGGCCGCUGAGGACCGGAAGCGGGCUGAUAAGUUACAGCGGGAGUUGUUCGGGAGGGUUGACCUUGAUAAGUAUUUGGGACCUGGCGCGUAG